AUGGUACAAACGCAGCCUACCACCAUUCUGCUUCACCGCUCCGCUCGCCUGCGUGCACUGACUGGCAAUUCGAACAUCCAUACCCAAACCGAGAUCGAUCGCAAAGGCACCAAGUUCUCCGCAGAACUCCUCGAUACUCUCAUCAAACCUCUGGAGAUCUGCGUCAAAGACCCUGCUCUCUUCUUCAUCAACGUCUACUCCGCGCUGACAUACGGCAUCUACUACUCCUUCUUCGAGGUCUUCCCUUUGGUGUAUCUGGAGAUAUACGGGUUCAGCGUCGGCGAGAUGACGAUUGUGUUUCUUUCGAUCAUCGUGGGAUGCGUCAUUGCUAUGACAAUUUACUUUUCGUAUCUGAGGUUCUACCUCAUACCGGAUAUCCUCAAGCAAGGACUGAGACCCCAAGAGCAUAGACUCGUGCCGGCAAUUUUCGCGAGUUUUGGGGUACCGAUUGGGUUAUUCAUCUUUGGUGAGUCUGAUUGCACGACUGGACUUGAGACAUUGGGUACUAAUGGCGAGAUGUAUAGGCUGGACGGCUCGUCAAUCUGUACAUUGGAUUGUUUCGACUAUCGGUAUCGCUAUAUAUUCGAGUAG